AAAUUGGUGUGAAAUGUUUACUUUGUUUGUGAAUUGGGUUUUGGCAAUUGCAGGAGCUUGAUGUGUUGAUUUUCGUGUCUAUAUUGUUUGGAGAUGUUGGAGUUUAUGGAUUAUGUGCAGUUUGCAUUUUACAAUGCGACGAAAUGGAACUACGAGAAUUCAUACUCGCAGUUGACUGCUACUGCAAAAGGUACCUCUCUUUAUCUAUCCCCAAGUCUUCCUGCGCAGCUUCUAGAAUGCCACUUUACUAAUGAUUCUGGGAUACAGGACUACUUGAUUUUGAAACUCCAGGCGGUCUACGAUUUAAUCUCUCAUCCCUUAGUUCUCCCAAUUUUGCGACUUCGUAUACACUAGGUAGCGUGGGUCUUGUGGAUGGAUCUCUCUCCUACCUCUAUUCUUCAUUACCUCUUCGCACCACCGCGCAAAGUGCAAAGAUUGACCUGCAUGAGAUAAUACGCGGGUAUCGACAAAUCCAAGAACUUAGAAGAGUCGACGAACCAUGGAUGUGGGAGCAAUGGCACGGAGGUAGACGGGUUGAUAAACGGGAUACAUUACUAUAUGGACGACUUUAUUUACCGCAGAGUACGCUUGAAGCGUUGUAUCUGAGAAGAAUUAGCCCGACCCAGCAGGUAAGGAUCACGGCUGUUAGUGAUAGUAGGUUGAGGAAUGGAGGGACGAUAUUGGCGCUGCAUCAGUAUGACACCGGGAAAUAUAGUACGGAGACGUUGUAUUCGACCGAUGGAGGGUUAUUAGGAUUGAGGGGGUUAUACAAUUUUGGGCCGGAUCCCACGAAAGAGGUUACGGAGCCGCCGAAACAGAUGUCGAGGAUUGAUGAUAAGUUUUAUGGACGAUUUAGUGCAGGGGCGGAGCUAUAUUAUGGAACGUUGAAUAAAUCGGGAGGCGUCAGUGUUGGGGGAAGAUUCGCGACAUUACCGGCGCAUAAAGGAAUCCCAUUGACAGCGACGUUGACGCUCAAUCCAUUGAUGGGAAACAUUAGUUCGACUUAUGCUGUAAGAGCAGGCAAAAACUUGUCUUUAUGUUCAAGGCUAGAUUUUAAUGUCUAUAGUUAUGAGAGCGACCUAGUCCUUGGAUGCGAAUUAUGGAAGAUGAGAGCACCGGUUGAGGAGCGCAGAGAAAGGAGUAUGGAAGCAAAGCUUGCAUGGAGACUUGACGAAGUAGACCUAGAGAAAGAAAAGAAACCUGAGGAGGUCGCAGGGGUAUUGAAAGCGAGGGUUGAUCAAAAUUUGAAGGUGGGAUUGGUGUGGGAGGGAAGAGUCAAGGAGUUGUUGUUCACAUUAGGAACUUCGAUUGAUAUGAAGAGGAGAGAUCAACCAUUCAGAGCCCUAGGGCUGGAAUUGCAAUACUCUUCGUGAAUGAUGAGGCUUUUCAAAAUAGCCACAGCUGCGUGCUACAGGACUGCACUCUGUCGACCGAGAUCGUAUGAUCAGGUACCACUUGAGAGCUUGAAAGACAUUUCGACGAAGCCUCAGUAACUGAGUACAGUAAUAUCUCGGCCGGGGCGCUAAGGGCAUAUCGAUGCAGCACAUUGAUAGUGGGAGCUAAAUUUGAGGGCUAUAUUGGUGACAUCGGAUUCAUGGUAUCGCCAAGUGUGCCAUCAUUUCUUGGCAUAAAUCGAGUUUCGAAUGAGAAGCUCUCUCAGACUCACCUUGACGGAUAGCAUGGGCUGAAAAGGCUACACCGCAAUCAGAAACUGUGAGAGCAACCCGGUAGUAGUACGAGAGGUCACACACAGGACGGUAGUCCGAAUAAGGACCCGACACUAUAGAAUCAGGAGAUUGUCUAGUCAGCAAAAAGGCAAAGCAUGUACUCCGUAGAUAGAGUUACCUUGUAGGUAGGUAGGUAUUCGCGACGAGAUAAAAUG